AUGGUCUUUGAACCUCCAUUACUACGUCGUGACGCUAGUAGCACUUCUUUGCAUUUUACCAAGCAACAACAAUUACCACCUCCACAAGUGUCUGAUCUUGAAAUGUUGCCGACAAAAAUAGCUCUCAAUACAAAAUCUCCACCUUGUUACUUGCCGUAUGGUACAGCGCAAUCAUCGACUGAGUCCUUUCAUCGGGACGUCCGUCACCCGCUUUCUAAUUGGAAGCAAAGUAUAAAGGACGUUUUGCAUGCUGCACCUUGUGUGGUCAUUGCAGUGCUUGUAAAUCUGAUGAUUUGUGUCCCAUUUGGAUUGUCCUUUUUUCCUGUUGAGUGGACGGAUAUUCCUGUACCACACGCUCUCGGUAUUCAAAUGUUUCUCUUAACAUCGGCCAUUUGCCAAUUUACAUUUGUUGGACUGAGUAAUUUUGAUGGAGCAAUUUGUCAAAUGAUGGUCGAAAAUGUGCCAUUCAUGCACACGAUUUCCAUGGCAAUUAUUCAAGAAUUAGGGCCCAAGAAUCCAAGUGUACUGCCAACGAUUCUAGUCACGUAUGCAUUGUCAUCAGUUGUGUGUGGUGCACUGUUCUUUGUGCUCGGACACUGGAAGCUUGGCAACAUUGUGUAUCUUUUUCCAAAGCAUAUUAUCGUAGGUGCUGUGGGUGGCAUUGGAGCAUUUGUGCUACAGAGCGGAAUUGAAAAUGCUACGGGACGUCCAUUUGACUGGUCUAGGGACAGCAUCAAGGGCCUUUUUGACCACGAUAUCUUGUGGCUUUGGGUUACUUCGGCCAUCUUGGCCUUGAUCUUGUACUUGCUUGCACGCUACAUCAAGUCGCCGUUGUUUCCGCCUCUCUUUUUCGUGUCUAUUCCACCGCUUUUUUACGUGGCAUUACUCAUGUUGGGCAUUAUGACAGAUUCAGCACGCGAGCAUGGUUGGUACUUUAAUCGUGCGCCAAACGCUGCUUUUUACUCGCUUUGGGAACAAUAUGAUUUUUCGCUAGUGGCUUGGUAUGUCAUUCCGAGACAGUUUGGAACGAUCGUUGGCCUCACGUUUUUCUCUCUCAUGCACGUACCGAUUAACAUUCCGUCACUGAGUCUUACUAUUGACAAGGAAGUGGAUAUUAACGAUGAGCUAAUUGCUCAUGGUAUUUCGAACACUUUGGGUGGACUUUGCGGUAGCGUACAGAAUUAUCUCUGCUACUCCACAUCAGCGCUGUAUUUUAAGUGUGGAGGCACUGGGCGUCGCAGCGGUUUCGUCAUUGGACUUAUUAUGCUGUUCUUCUUCUUUGUUGGACCCAACGCUGUAUCCUAUAUCCCGCGCUGCAUGGCAGGCUGUGUCAUGAUGCAUCUUGGACGGGAUCUAUUGAAAGAGGCGCUGGUUGACACAUAUGACCAGCUUGAUGCAUUGGAGCUCGGUACUGUGUGGGUUAUAGCUGGGACCAUGACGUUUUGGGGCAUGAACCAAGGUCUAGCUGUUGGUGCUUUGCUUGCGUGUAUGACUUUUGUGAUGCAGAGUGCACGCACGCCGACUAAUGCCCCAAUUCGUGGAAGUAUGAGUGCUGCUACUCUACGAAGCCACACAUGGCGUACAACGGACGAAUUGGACGUGCUAGACCGCGAGUGUCGUAAUAUUCAUGUUGUACAGCUAAAGGGGCAUCUUUUCUUUGGCAACGCCAACCAGCUUAGCGACUAUGUGCACGAUCUGUUCCAAGAAGGUCCUCGUUCCACGAUGAAUGGGGUGGAAUCCGCACUUGAAAGUGUACUAAGUGAUGAUAUUCGACCGCGACCGAAAAUCUGCUGGCUUGUGCUGGAUUUUACGUUGGUGGUGGGAUUGGACUCUUCUGCAGCGGAUCGACUCACUAAGAUCAAGUAUGCGUGCGAUACACAUAAUUGCAAGAUUGUGUUUGCAGCCGUACCAUGCGCUUACAACAAUUUUACGGAACAUCUCAUUCAACUGUUUGGUGACAAGGGGACGCUUCAUAUUGCAUCGGAUUUAGACAGUGCACUUGCGUGGUGCGAGAAUGAUAUUUUGGGGAACGAUAUGGUGGACAAGACUCGAUCUCCUGCAAGUUCGUGCACAGGAGACGAAGACGAGGUUACACAUUUGCUUAAUCUGCGACGAUUUAUGCCGGAUCAGCCGCUUUCCGUACAGCAACGUUUGUUGGACUAUUUUCAUAUUCAAGAAAUUAACAAGGAUGAAAUCGUAUGGAGACAAGGUGAUACACCUGACCGGGCAUUGCUUUUGAUUGAUGGAGCUCUUACUGCUGUCGUCGAGGAGGAAGCUGGUACAAUGGAGACGGUCUCGAUUGGAUCAAUUGUGGGUGAAAUGUGUUUUUUAACGGGUGAAAAGCGCAAGACGUCGCUUAUUGCAACGCAACGUAGUGUGGUUUAUGUCUUGAAUCGCCAAAGCUUUCGAGAAAUGCUUGAGAAAGACUGUCACUUGGCUUUUCUAUUCCAAGGCAUUUCGUUACGGUAUACAUCAUAUCGAUUACAAUACGUUGGUAACCGGAUUUGGGAAACAAAAUGUCUGCCCAUUUAA